AUGCCCGGCCCUCUGUCACUCUUCUCCGUCAACGCGGUCCUCAUCAUGUCCGCGGAUGACGGAUCCCGCAUCUUCACCAAAUACUACUCCGCACCUCACCCGCCCACGGGCACCGCAUCCAACUCGACCGACUACCCCGGUGCCAACCCAUACCCGACCGUCAAGGAGCAGCGGGCCUUUGAGAAGGGACUUCUCGAGAAGACAAAUAAAUCAAGCAGUGAUGUCAUCCUGUACGAUAACCGCAUUGUGGUGUUCAAGAUGGAGAGCGACGUGAUGAUCUACGUUGUUGGAAGCGCGGACGAGAACGAGGUGCUGCUGUACAAUGUCGUGCUGUCCUUGCGGGAUGCCUUGGGAAUUCUCUUCAAGGGUGCUACUGACAAGCGCACUAUCGUUGAGAACUACGACCUUGUCUCCCUUACUAUCGACGAGACUAUCGAUGACGGUAUUAUCCUCGAGACGGACCCCAUCAUGAUCGUCUCUCGUGUCAGCCGUGCGCCUGCCGCUGAUGCGCCCAAUAUGAAGAACAUCGACUUGACCGAGCAGGGUCUCAUGAACGCCUGGGAGUUUGGCAAGCGGCGUCUGGCCGAGGGUCUACGACACAUGUAA